UGAUUCUCUUUGAUAUUUCCCAGGUCUGGGGUCCAAAUGAUGGUUCUCCUGCCCCUGCUCAGUCUCUUGCUCCUAGAGUGGGCACUCAUUGGAUCUUGCUCAGAGAUAGGGGAAAAUGAAGAGCAGCCAUCAACUUAUUUAGCCACUCAUUGUCAUGGUCCUUGGGUCACUGGACUGCCUGGGAGAGAUGGACGAGAUGGGAAAGCAGGAUCUAAAGGAGAAAAGGGAGACCCAGGUGAAGGGCUCAGAGGACCCCAAGGAAAUCCAGGGAAGGUGGGGCCUCCAGGAAACCCAGGAAUACAAGGACCUCCAGGAAUCAAGGGUAUGAAAGGAGAACCAGGUGGAAUGCGUCCUUCUCUAAUUGAGGAGCUACUUAACAUGACCUCAUAUUUAGAAACUCGCAUCCUAAAGUUGGCAAAAGCCCUCGCUUUCUAUGGAAGCAUGGUUCAUCUGGGAGAAAAGUUUUAUGUCACCACUGGCCAGGCUUUCAAUUUCGCUGUGGUUAAUAAAACUUGCCAUGAGAUGGGAGGCACUGUUGCCACUCCAAGGAAUAAAGAGGAGAAUGCAGCCAUCAGGAAGCUGGUGGUGAGACACAACACAUAUGCCUUCCUUGGCCUAAGAGAGGGGAUAAAACAAGGGAAGUUCUAUUACCUGGAUGGAUCCCCUGUAAACUACACCAACUGGUAUUCAGGGAGGCCAGAUGGGGAAGGACAAGAAAAUUGUGUGGAAAUGUACACAGAUGGUACCUGGAAUGAUAGAUACUGUUAUAAGGACCGCCUGGGUAUCUGUGAGUUCUGAGCCCCAACCAGGGCUGGCCUAUCUGGGCAAAGGGUGAAGGACCCACAGGUGAUCUUGGUGAGUCGUUUAGUUCAAGACUUGGUGGCCAAAAGGGGUUAAAAUCCUCUGCCUCUCAGGUAGGAGUCUUUAAGGAGGAUGUUUUAUUAAAGAAUUCAGUUUGUACUCCCUUAAAUAAGACACAAAUCAAUUGUUUUCCCUGCCAAGAAUGCCCAUCUUUUUCUACACUUUUUCUCUCUCUAAUCAAAUCCUACCCAGCCUUCAAGG